CACUUUCAUCUUCAAGAAUCAAGAUCAACCUCUUAUCACUAAACCCUUUCUACAAAUCCUCCUAUUUUCUCUGUUUCUCUCUCUAUGAAUUAGAAGAAGAUGGACUCCAGGUAGUUGUUGAUGCGAUGAAAGCUAUAUCUUUUAUUGAUUUCAGGUGAGUUUAGUAGUUUUGAAGGUGGGUUUUUUAUUAUGGCAUGUGGGUUGUUGUUUGGGUUCUUGGAUGUGAAGAUGUACUGUUUCUUGAUCUCUGGGAAUGGAAGAAUUUUUCCCAAGUAAGAGAAUUUGGGGUUUUCAUGGUAAUCUAACAAAAGGUGUUCUUCUAGGAUUGUAAGUUCUUGUAACUGCAGUUCAUGAUUUGAUGUCGCGUUUUGUUGAUUUAGGGUUUGUUUGAGGGAAAUUGAGAAUCUUUCUCGAGUAGGGUUGAAAUUUCCCAAAAAGAUUCCUUUUUUAGUUUCUGAGCAGAUCGUAUAAUAAAAUAUGUUUCAAUCGAGUUGAUCGUAAGGUAGUGAAAUCUGCAAAAGCCAAUACUUCAUUUGCUUAGUUGUGAGCUCUUGAUUUUGAUCAAUGGAGGCUAAAUUUGGAGGAAACCCUCAUCAUUACUAUGGACCGGUGGUGUCCGAUUUGAAGGCUGUUGGAAAGACAAGUAUGGAGUGGGAUUUAAAUGAUUGGAAAUGGGACGGCGAUCUGUUCGCAGCCACCCCAUUAAAUGCAAUAUCAUCAGAUUGCAGGAGUAGGCAAUUGUUCCCUGUUACAUCAGGGGCUGACGCAAAUACCGGUGUAUCUAAUAGUUCUUCAUCUUGCUCUGAUGAAGGGAAGAGGGAAUUGGAGAAGAGGAGGAGGGUUGUGGUUCUUGAUGAAGAAGAACAAGUGGGUGAUGAAGUUGGGGCUCUUAACUUAAAUCUUGGAGGGCAAAUGUACUCAUGGGAAGGAAAGAGUGGGAAGAAGUCUAAAGUGGGUGGAGCCACACCCAACCGUGCAGUUUGUCAGGUAGAUGAUUGCCAAACCGAUUUGACCGGUGCAAAGGAUUAUCAUAGAAGACAUAAGGUUUGUAAUCUGCAUUCCAAGUCCACCAAGGCAUUGGUAGGGAAUGUGAUGCAAAGGUUUUGCCAGCAGUGCAGCAGGUUUCAUGCUCUUCAGGAAUUUGAUGAAGGAAAGAGAAGUUGUCGACGGCGUUUAGCAGGACAUAAUAGACGGAGAAGAAAGACACAUCCAGAAAACACAAUUAAUGGAGUGUCGCUAAAUGAUGAACGCAGCUGUAGUUAUUUGCUCGUUAGUCUGUUGAGGAUACUCUCCAAUGUACAAUCUAAUACCUCAGAGCAAAGCAAAGAUCAAGAUCUGCUCUCUCAUCUUUUGAAAAACCUUGCCAGUCUUGCCGGUACAGUCAAUGACAAAAACUCAUCUGGAUUAUUAUCUGGAUCCCAAUGCUUGCAGGAUGCUGGGACAUCCUCUGCACCCCCUGAAAAGGAGCCUCUGCAGCCUGUCGGAGAAACCGUAAACCCUUCAAGAUUAGACAUGAUGCAUAGAGGAGUUUUAGGAACCCCAGAUCCUUGCCAAAUUACAAUUUCCUCAAAUAACAAAGCUCCCACUGAAGCUAAUACCGUGGAAGCUACUGUUGGAAAGAUGAAACUGAACAACAUUGACUUGAACAUGGUUUAUGAUGAUUCUCAAGAUUGUAUGGAACCCACAGAGAGCUUUGAAACACCUGAAAAUACAGACAAUGUGCCCAUAUGGUUACGCAGGCACCCUCACAAGUCAAGUCCUCCUCAGACAAGUGGGAACUCUGGCUCAACAGCAACGCAGUCACCAUCUAGUUCCAGUGGGGAAGCACAGAGUCGUACAGACCGGAUUGUGUUCAAGCUAUUUGGGAAAGAUCCUAAUGAGUUGCCUAUUGUCCUUCGCAACCAGAUCCUCGACUGGUUAUUACACAGCCCUACUGAUAUUGAAGGUUACAUUCGACCUGGAUGUAUCAUAUUAGCAAUAUAUCUUCGAAUGGACAACUCCUCCUGGGAUGAGCUUUGCUAUGAUUUGAGCAGCCAUUUGAGGAAGCUUUUGGAUGCAUCCAGUAAUUCUUUCUGGAGAACAGGAUGGGUUUAUACUAGGGUGCUUGAUCAUGUUGCCUUUGUUUGCGAUGGCCAGAUUGUUUUGAACACAGCUUUGCCUCAUAAAAGCCACAGGAAGUCCAGCAUCUUGAACAUUACACCCAUAGCAGUUUCUGCUUCCGAGAGCACUCAAUUUUCUGUCAAAGGCUUCAACAUUUCAUGGUCAACCUCAAGGAUGCUCUGUGUACUGGAAGGUAGCUACCUUCUUCAGACUAGUUGUUCAGAUUUAAUGGAGGCAGCAGAUUCUUUGAUAAAACAUGAAGACACCCAGUCCCUUAGCUUCUCCUGCCCUAUACCUCAUAUUUCUGGGAGAGGAUUCAUAGAGAUCGAGGAUGAUAGCCUCAGCAGCAGCUUCUUUCCGUUUAUAGUUGCAGAACAAGAUGUUUGUUCAGAAAUCCGUACACUUGAGAGCGACCUAGAUGUGGUUGAAACUUCUGACGACACAGAAAGAGAGAAGAAAGAAAUAGAAGCAAGGACACGGGCAUUGGAGUUUGUAAAUGAGAUGGGUUGGCUUCUUCAUCGGAGUCAGUUGAAAGUCAGAUUGGGUUCCAUGGAUCCCAGUUCAGACUCUUUUUCGUUUAAAAGAUUCAGGUGGCUCAUAGAGUUUUCCAUUGACCAUGAUUGGUGUGCUGUGGUGAAGAAACUUUUGGGCAUUAUCUUGAAUGGAGCAGUAGAAACAGCUGAGCAUGGUUCGGUUGAAGUUGCUUUGGUGGAAGUGGGAUUACUUCAUCGAGCUGUGAGGCGCAACUCCAACCGCAUGGUUUCAUUGCUCUUGAAUUACCACCCAGAAAAUGUUUCUGGGUCUGUUUUGUUUAGACCAGAUGCUGCAGGACCUGGUGGAUUGACUCCUCUUCAUAUUGCAUCUGGUAAAGAUGGUUCUGAGAGCGUGUUGGACGCAUUAACAGAUGAUCCUCUACUGGUGGGGCUUGACGCAUGGAGAAACUCGCGUGAUAGUAGUGGUUUAAGUCCUUAUGAUUAUGCGUCGCUGAGAGGGCAUUACAAUUACAUCCAUCUGGUUCAAAGAAAGAUGAAUAAAAAGAGAUCAGAGAAGGGGCAUGUAGUUGUUGACAUGCCACCAACAGAGUCUCCUCUGUUUAAAGUGGCGGCCGGAUUUGAAACCGAGAAAGGUGUUGUGGUAACAAGAGCCAUUAGUUCGUGCAGUCGAUGUGAGCGGAAAGUGGCGUAUUAUGGUGGUGGGCGUUCGUCGCUGGCGAUAUACAAACCGGCAAUGCUGUCAAUGGUGGCAAUAGCUGCAGUGUGUGUGUGUGUGGCUCUGCUGUUCAAGAGCUCACCUCAGGUUAUGUAUGUAUUCCAGCCCUUCAUUUGGGAAAGGCUCAAGUAUGGUGCAAGUUAAUAGGGUUUCUUUUUUCUUUUUGUUUUUUUGGAUAUAAUUUUAUUAAAGAGAUGAUUAUUGCCUUGGUUGCCUAUCUCUAUAUAUAUUAUAUUAUAUUAUGUCUGACUGACUGGAAUCAAAUGGAAUGAGAGAUAUUAUGUAUAAUGUGUAUGUUUAUUGUUUUGUUA